AUGAAUCGGAUACCAGAUAUCGAUCGAGAGAUAGCCAUGAUGGACGAACGCUUUACAGUCAAACUGCAUCGCAUACUGGAGGACGCACAAGCUCAAGGGUUUUCCCAUGUGAUCCAAUGGGACCCUGGCGGUCGAUCCUUCACGAUCCACCAACCUGACGUGUUUUCCAAGACGAUAAUGAAAACAUACUUUCGUCAAACAAAGUACAAGUCCUUUCAAAGGCAACUGAACCUGUAUGAAUUUAAACGAGAGACACGGAACGGAAUUCGGGGAGUCUAUUCACACCCUUUGUUUGUGCAACACGACCGUUUUCUCUGUCAACAAAUCAAACGAAAGAGCCAACAAACGACGCCCGCGGCCCCAAACCCCCCCAAGAGACAAAGAUUGGAUGAAGUUGCUCUUCCACGUCGUCCCCCAGUAAUGUCACUCCGUCAUCCCUUUGAUACAUCGGCAGUCGAGGCUUCACGGACGGCAAAAGCAGCAGCAGAUCAAAUCAGAUAUCAGAAGAAUGAAGACGACGACGACAGUAUUGAGACUAUUGAAGGAUUCGUCAACGACGUAGAUGCCGGAGAGUUAUUCAAGGUAUUCAAAUGA